AUGGCGGGAAAGGAACCAUUAGUGAGUGAGGCUGUCGGCCGCGUUUUGCUCACAGAAGUACCAGAAAAGGGCGAACUUCCCGAAAAAAGGAAAAUGAGUGUGUUUCCAACAGCACAUAAACGGCCGAGUAUCGCGGCGUCGUUUUUGGGCGUUUUGGCCACGAGACGACUCUCGAUGAUGAAAAGGAUGAUGCCGAGGAUACAGGACUUGAGAAAAGAGAGCACGGGGAUCCAGGUACACUACGAGCCGACGUACAGGCUGGAGCCCAAGGUGACAUUCAGCGCCGCGAAGGCGGAGAGGAUCCUCAAGGACGUCGUGGACGAGCGACUGGAAGGGCUGAUAUACAACGCCAAGGCGACGCCGUCACUCAUACGCUAUCUGUGUGAGGAGAUCAAGGAUCGCGUGAAGGACUUGCACUACGAUCGGUACAAGAUCGUGGUGAACGUGACUAUCAGCCAGAACACUGGCCAGUGCAUCUUGGCCACAAGCAGGUGUGCGUGGGAGCCCAAGUACGACACCUUCGCCAGUUACUCAUACAGCAACAAGGGCAUCAUGUGCUUCGCAUCCGUGUAUGGCGUCUACACUGACUGA